UCUCUUUCUUUCUUUCUCCCGUUCUCUGUAUGGGCGGCGCUCUGCUUAGUUUGAUGUGGGCAGCACGUGUAUAUGUUCAGUACAGGGCACUGUGUAUAUCGAGAGGAAAGAAAGAGGGAGGCAGAAAAAGAGGGAGUGUGUGUGUGAGAGAGAGGGAGGGUGGGAGAGAGAGAGAGAGAGAGAGAGAGUACAGAAGUGGUCCGGCGUAGUAGGGCGCGCGGGACUCAGAAAGCGCAUGAGAAUGUAGUCAGAGGACGUUUUGCUACUGAUGAUAUAAUUAGCAGUUACAACAGGACACUUGUACGACACCGAAAAACAUCGUUAAUUCAAAUAGAAUGCACUUAACCUCAGAGAAGAUGGAACAUGGACGAAAUAACAAUAGCAGAGAGGUAAGAAGACAGUUCGCAGGGACUGUGCUUUUUUACCUAAAAGGCAAGCGAAGUCAAAAUAUUGGCAGGUAAACGUUGUGGAAAUUUUUUUGAUUUUUGUUAAUAACAAAAUACUAUUCGAGAUGGAUUUUUUAAAUUUUUCCAGUGGUGCUGAAAAUGCAUCCAUAACCAAUACCAAUUCCACAGCGAGAAGCCAGUACUCUUUGGCCACUAUCUACGGGCUUGCAGGAUUAGUCAGCUUUCUUAUAUUGUUUACAAUAGUCGGAAACGUUUUGGUCGUAAUUGCUGUGCUAACUAGCCGGGCGCUCAAACCUCCACAGAACCUUUUCCUGGUGUCUCUGGCCAGUGCAGACAUUCUGGUGGCAACAUUAAUCAUACCCUUCUCUCUAGCCAACGAACUUAUGGGCUAUUGGUUUUUCGGGAAAGUUUGGUGUGACAUUUAUCUGGCCCUAGACGUUCUCUUCUGCACCUCCUCAAUCGUCCACCUGUGUGCCAUCAGCCUGGACCGUUACUGGUCUGUCACGCAGGCAAUGGAGUAUAACCUCAAACGGACACCUCAAAGGAUCAAGGGCAUGAUUGUGAUGGUCUGGCUGAUCUCUGCUGUGAUCUCUUUCCCACCUCUCAUCUCCAUGGACCGUGAUGACAGUAGUGGGGAUGCCCUGGCACCCACAUGCCAGCUGAAUGAUGUAACAUGGUACAUACUGUACUCCAGUAUUGGCUCCUUCUUUGCGCCUUGUGUCAUCAUGAUCCUGGUCUACAUCCGCAUUUACCAGGUGGCCAAGAAGCGCAGCCGGAGUAUGUCGGAGAAACGGCAUGAGGUCGAGGGGGACAAGGGUGGAGGUGUGGGGGCAGAGCUGGAGAACGGCGUGGGCCAGCGAAACCUGUGUCGGGCCAACAGCACAGACAAGGAGAACGGCCACUGCGCCUCCCCACCACGCAAACCUGACGAUGAGGACCUGGAUUUGGACCUGGACGACAGCAGCUCAUCAGACGAGAAAACCAAGAAGACACACCACCAUCACUCCAGGCAAAAUCCUGACCCAUCUGGCAAGAAAGACGAGAGGACCAGCCGUAAGGACAGCUCCAGCUCCAAGCAGUCCAGCCGCAAGUCCAGGGCCAGCGGGAAAUCCCUAGACCUCUUCUCCUCUCGGAGGAAGAGGAGGAGCACUGUGUCCAAGAAGAAGAUCUCCCAGGCCAGAGAGAAAAGGUUCACAUUUGUUCUAGCAGUGGUCAUGGGUGUGUUUGUGGUCUGUUGGUUCCCUUUCUUCUUCAGCUACAGCCUCUAUGGCAUCUGCCGGGAACCUUGCGCCAUCCCAACGACCCUUUUCAAGUUCUUCUUCUGGAUUGGGUACUGCAACAGCUCCCUAAACCCAGUCAUCUACACCAUCUUCAAUCAGGACUUCCGCAGAUCCUUCCAGAAGAUCCUGUGUAAGUCCUGGAAAAGGUCCUUUUGAAUUGUAAAGAGAAUUUAUGGAGCCGGCAGUGGCUUCUAAUGCGAUCAUGCCUUGCACAUCGCUUGAUUUGAUGAUACGGGCGAGACAGACGGUGUCCGGUAGAAGGGUCCUGUUCAGCUAAUGUGUUUGGCUUCUCUCCGUAGGCCUUGACAAUCUCCUUGUGACUGAUGUACACUGACACAGAAGCCAGUGUGUGUUUGUCUAAUGUGCUGUGCUUGGUGCAGGGUGGAGGGUCCCUUGGGCCAGGACAGUAGCAGGGUAUUUUAGGAGAUGCCCACCCAGUAUGCUUCACUUUAUCACCAUUAGCAGAAUCUCUGCCAUGAUAAUUAUGUCCAGAGGCACUGUUCAGUAUCAGACUGUUUUUAUGAUGACUUUGCACAUCUGUCUUUUGUGUCCUUGUGUUUCUGCGAUACAGCAACCUGACAUAUAAUUCCAAAUUCAGAUCUGAAAAAAAGAGUGGAUGGUUUGAUACUCUUUCCUCCUUCAGUGAGAUAAAAUGGACACCUCAGGUUACCUUGAGAGCGAGAGAACUAAAUAUCCUACAUAAAGUCUGUUUCCACCCUAGAUGACACAUGUAUUCUGUGGGCUUCUCCAUCCUGUGGCAGAGAAUCCCUCUUGUGGGAUUUUAUUUUCUGACAAAAAAGGAAUCCAAGACUGAUCCUUGCCUCAGUGUUUCUAAUCAAUCUAGCCUGUUCCACAGCAUCCUCUCUCUCACUCGCUUUCUGUCUUUAAUUGAUUCCAUAUAAAAUAAGUAUAUAAAUCUAAAUAUAUAUAUAUAGUGUUAUUGUUUUUUAUUAAGUUAUUGAUCAGUUGGAUAACUUCUACUGGCUCCUCGGCUAUAUUACAUGGCUCUUGCCUCAUGUAUAUACAUAUAUUUGACAGGUUCUACUGUGUGGUGUUGUAUGAUAAUGGCACCAAUUUGACCUGAGGACUUGCUGUUGUUUUCUGUCCUUACUAUGCCUUGAUGGAUGUUGUACCUUUCUUUAAAGCUUAAUUUAUUUUUUGAAAGAAUCUGCUAAUUUUCUGCUGAACUCUGUCCAACCUCGAAGCACACAAAGAGAAAAACAGAACAAAGGCAAAAGAAGAAGAAAUAAAGGAUGAACGUGGCCAGUAUCACUUUAUAUGUUUACCGCCGAGUGAAUCAAAUUGGUUAAUGUUUGGUCAGACACUCUGGCUUUCACUGCCAAAGGGAUUGAUUUUGAACAAGCACCAGAUACAUUGAGUUAUGUCAUUUUAUUACAAAGGCCUGUGACCUCCGCUUCAAUAGUGGCUAUUUUAAGAUGUUGGGGAUUCACAAAUAAAGUAAACAUAAUGAUG